GCCGCCUGCGUGUUUGCACGGGACUUUAAAAGGAUUCAGCUUGCUCCUCUGGUCGCCGAAAACUCUACAACCACCCAGAACAGAAACAGCCGCCGGCAUGUUUAUGCUACGGAAUGUCAGCAAGUUUCUCUUCGGAGACGGUUCCAAGGAAUCCAUCAUCGAAGUGCCCCAAGGCCAGCUCUACCUCGUCCGCCCGCUCUCGGUGAAAGGCUACUCGGAGCUCAUCUUCAAGGACGCUGCUGCCUCGAUUCGCCGGACCGGCCAGGAGUACCAAUACCAGCUUGUCAUACAACGCGCUUACGAGGAGGGUGAGCGCGAGCUUCUCGGAGAAGAGGAAGACGAGGACGGAACUGCGGACGACUUGGCCACGGAAAAGGACGAGAAGACCUUUCUGCUUGACGAGAGUCUUCGCUUCCGGACCGACGUACGGCAGACCGGCGAGACCGUCUUUGCGUGGAAAGACCUUAGUGGCGACGAGGGUGACCUCUGGGAGUUUGUCUGCGACCGCACCGUCCAGCCCUCAACCAUCGCCUCGUUUGAGCUCGUUGCUGUUCAGUGCCAGUACGAGCGGAAGUUCCGCAAACCUCACAACCUAGCAACGGAAAAGGAACUUCAGGAGUUUUCUUUCGAGGAAGAAACCAUCCCCGACGCCAGCCCCAUCUCAAGCCCUAUUUCGAAGUCCCCCGUUUCUUCGCAGUUGCCUGACCUCAGAGCAAGCUUCACCCUUGAACCCCAGGAGACGAUAGACACCAUGGUUUCAAAGCCCACUCAGGCCGAGACGCCCAAGAAGGAGUCAAAGACUACCAUUGCACCCCCGGCUCGCGUACAGCCCGAAGGCCGCGAAAUUCUGGCGGACGAAGCUGCUGAGUUGCACCUUUUUGACUUUGAUUCGGGCUCGUUCGUCCUGCAAGACCCUGCAGUUAAAGUUACAGUCUCCGAAGUCGACAACUGGACCUAUUGGCUGCAAAUCACUGGCGAAGCUAAGGAAUGGUUAGGUCAGCCUGUUGUCCCGGACAUCAAUCCCGUCUUCAAUUUCGAAUAUCUCUCAUUCAUCUUCAACCAUUACACUGAUGAUGGCUCUGCCUAUUCUUGGUUGUUGCGCUUCAAAGACCAAGCUACCGAGGAGCGCUUCCAGGAGGGACUUAUGCAGGCUCUUUGGGAGCAUUUGAACGAGCAAAAGUGGCAGAAAGUGAAGGACAUCGAGCGCGACUACGUGAUGGAUGCUUUCCAAGACCUCACUAUGGAAGAUGCGGAUGAAAAGGAGCAAGAGGAAGAGGAAGAAGAGGAGUCUGAUGAGGAGGACAACCGCCCUCGUAGCGAGCACUAUGAUUCCGAUGAGGACCAGGACGACGUUCUCACGCGGGAUGAAGAUGGAAACAUCAACUCUCAACUUGCCGUUGGCUACAAGCACGACCGUUCCUUCGUCGUUCGUGGAUCCAAGAUAGGUGUUUUCAAGCACACCAAUGACGAUAAACUUGAAUUCUCUACGAACAUCUCCAAGGUCGAGACCCCUAAGGGCAAGCUGUUCAGCCCCAACAAGAUCAUGCUACACGCCGAGGACAGGGACAUGAUUCUGCAAAACCCGAACGAUCCUCACUCGCUUUACCGCAUGGACUUGGAGUACGGAAAGGUGGUCGACGAAUGGAAGGUCCACGAUGACAUUCCAGUAAACACCUUCGCGCCGGAAUCGAAAUACGCACAAAUGACGGGAGAGCAGACAUUCCUUGGUCUCUCGCGGAACGCUCUGUACCGCAUUGACCCUCGUCUCUCUGGUGACAAGCUCGUAGAUGCCGAUCUCAAGCAGUAUGUGUCGAAGAAUGACUUCUCCGCUGCUGCUACGACCGAGAAGGGCUACAUUGCGGUCGCUUCCAACAAGGGCGACAUCCGCAUGUUCGACCGCCUCGGAAUCAACGCAAAGACACAUAUCCCUGCUCUGGGUGACCCGAUCAUCGGUAUCGAUGUUUCCGCUGAUGGCCGAUGGGUCCUCGCGACCACGAAGAACUACUUGCUCCUCAUCGAUUCCCUUCAGAAGGAUGGCAAGAAUGAGGGUAAGCUAGGCUUCGAAAAGGCGUUCGCCAAGGACUCCAAGCCGCAGCCCCGUCGUCUCGCUUUGACCCCCAGCCAUGUUGCUCAAUUCCAGCAUGAGACCAAGGCUCCGAUUUCCUUCACUCCGGCUCGUUUCAACACUGGUAUUGACAGCUCCGAAACGUCCAUCAUCACUGCCACUGGCCCGUUCAUCGUCACAUGGAACAUGAAGAAGGUGCUUGCUGGCCGCAAGGACCCCUACAACAUUAAGCGUUACGCCGAGGAAGUCAAGGCAGACAACUUCAAGUACGGUUCCGACAAGAACUUGAUUGUGGCCCUGCCGAACGAGGUCAACAUGAUUGCGAAGCGAGCAUUGCGCAGGCCGACGCGCGAGAGUAUUGCUACUCCAUCGCGCAUCGGAACUCCGAGAAAGGGCGGCCGCGGAAGCUACCUCUCACGUAACGAGAUUGUCAACAGCCCCUAUUAAACGAUUCCUGCUACAAGCAGUGAAGCAAAGGAGGUUUUCGUAGGCUAUGGACAUGUUUGGCCGGUGCGUGUGGGCAGUUCAAGCUUGACUUUUAUGCCUUUCCGUUGUUUUUCUUCCCCAACGGUUGGUUCUUGAUUUCUCUGGUUUUCUUGACGGCAAGAAGUGGAUGGAUGGUAGUCCAAAGGUAGCCAGGUUGGCGUUCACUUGAUAUCCCGAUAUGACAUCCCUUCUUUCCUUUAGCACAUUUUGCUUCUUCUCGGUGCAUGUCAAUGAAUGUAUGCGCGGGUCGGCUUCAAUGAAUUGGAAAGCAGCGUACGUAGCUAAGUUUCAAUUUGCACUAGAAAUCGGUGCUCUCUCCCCCUGAUGG